GUUAGUUGUUACCUCUCCAACACAACAAAUAACGGUAUCUACUAUUUGUAGCUAAAAAGUUGAGACUUUUUUCAAGAAAAACAAGAACCAAAAGAAAAAAACUUACUGUAAAGUUGAAGAACACCCCAGCAUCAUGAGCAAGCUGGUGCUACUGUCAUCACCAGCUGCUCGAAAGCCGAUGCAACUCAGUGUUCCUGUUCUGUCAUCUUCAUGUGCAUUAUCAUCUACUGGUUUGAAGCACAAGAUUUGGUCACAUGCUUAUGGUUUACAAGCUAGAAAGAAAUGGAGACAUUCUGUUGUGUCUGUGUUAGUUGACACAAAACCAGUGGUCAAGGAUGGUGUUCUUAGCUAUAAUGGAAAUGAUGCCUUAACAGGGAUGCCUGAUAAUGUGGUGGUUACACCAUGGUCUAAUUCGUCUUUCUUCCUUGGGGCGGCUUCGAGUCAGAGUAGUUCCAGACAUGUCUUUAAGCUUGGUCUAAUUCAGGAUGUCCGACUACUUUGUCUGUUUCGGUUUAAGAUUUGGUGGGUGAUACCAAGGGUGGGGAAGUCAGCAAGUGACAUUCCUGUUGAAACUCAGAUGUUGCUGCUAGAAUCAAGUUCACAAGAAGACGGAGAAGAGCCCAAUUAUAUUGUUUUCUUGCCCGUGUUGGAUGGCGACCUUAGAAGCAGCUUGCAGGGAAACUCUGAUAAUGAGCUUGAAGUAUGUGUUGAAACUGGCGAUCCUGCUAUAGUGGCUUCAGAGUGUCUGAAAGCAGUGUUUGUGAAUUAUGGAAGCAAUCCAUUUCAUCUUAUGAAGGAAUCGAUGAAAAUCCUUGAGGAGCAUUUAGGAACAUUUACAGUUCGUGAAAAGAAACAGUUGCCUGGAAUGCUGGAUUGGUUUGGCUGGUGCACUUGGGAUGCUUUCUACCAUGCUGUUAGUCCUCCAGGAAUCAGAGACGGUUUAAAAAGUUUAUGUGAAGGAGGCACUCCGCCAAGGUUCUUGUUAAUUGAUGAUGGAUGGCAAAGUACAAGCAAUGAAUACCAAACAGAAGGAGAGCCAUUUGUCGAGGGCACACAAUUCGGUGGCAGAUUAGUAAGCAUAGAAGAAAAUAACAAGUUCAGAAAGCCUGGAAACGAGGCUGCAGGCAAACCAGCAAGUGGUCUGAAGGAUUUUGUUGCAGAAAUUAAGAAGAGCUAUGGCCUAAAGUAUGUCUAUGUAUGGCAUGCACUUCUGGGAUACUGGGGUGGACUUAAUCCAGCCGUUCCAGGAACUGAGAAGUACAACCCAAAGCUUACAAUCCCAGUGCAAUCACCUGGAAAUCUUGCCAACAAGAGGGACGGAUCAAUGGACUCAAUGGAAAGCUAUGGUGUUGGAGUGAUUGAUCCAUCCAAAAUAGUUGAAUUUUAUGAUGAUCUUCACAGUUAUCUUGUUUCACAGAACGUGGACGGGGUUAAAGUUGAUGUACAGAACAUACUGGAAACUGUAGCUACAGGUUUAGGAGGCCGAGUCGCUCUCACUAGGCAGUUUCAACAAGCCUUGGAGCAGUCCAUUGCCAAAAACUUUCAAGAUAAUAGCAUAAUUUGCUGCAUGGGCCAAAGCACAGAUUCCAUGUACCAUUCAAAGAGAAGUGCCAUUACGCGAGUAUCUGAUGAUUACUACCCCAAGAACCCAACUACACAGACACUUCACAUUGCAGCUGUGGCUUAUAACAGCAUUUUUUUUGGUGAAGUAGUUGUCCCUGAUUGGGACAUGUUCUAUAGCAAGCAUGAUGCGGCUGAGUUCCAUGCAGUGGCUCGAGCUGUAGGAGGUUGUGGCGUAUAUGUCAGUGAUAAACCAGGACAACAUGACUUUACAGUACUUAAAAAGCUUGUUCUGCCGGAUGGAGCAGUCCUGAGAGCCAAAUACCCCGGGAGGCCAACUCGAGAUUGCCUAUUCAGUGAUCCAGUUACAGAUGGGCAGAGCCUUCUGAAGAUCUGGAACCUGAACAAACAUACGGGGGUUAUUGGAGUCUUUAACUGUCAAGGAGCAGGAAGCUGGCCUUGCUUGGACCGUAUCAAUACUGCUGAGGGAGAGACUAGUAGUUAUGAGCUAUCUGGACAGGUAUCACCUUCUGAUAUAGAGUAUCUCGAAGAGGAGGUUUCAGGGAAUUCAUGGACAGGAAAAGAUUACGCAGUCUUCUCCUUCAAUUCAGGAUCACUGUCAGAACUUUCGAAGCAAGACACAUUUGCAAUCACAUUGAAAACAUUGGAAUGCAAUGUCUUCACUAUCUCUCCAAUCAAGACAUACAAUCAAAGUGUUAAAUUUGCGCCAAUUGGACUGAUAAAUAUGUACAACUCUGGAGGGGCAGUUGAGGUAGUUGAAUCGGAAGGCUCUGCAGGACGUAGUUCCAGAAUAAAGAUCAAAGGGAAAGGAGCUUCCGGUUGUUUUGGAGCGUAUUCCAAUCCAAAGCCAAAGUUGUGCCUUCUCAACUCUACUGAAGAAAAUUUUGAAUUCAGUACAGAAGAUCAUUUUUUGAAAGUAACAAUUCCCAGCGACGCAAAUUCUUGGGAAAUCACACUUUGUUAUUAAAGGAAGCAUUUAGAUCAGUCUGAAAAAAACAUUACUCAUGUAUACCACAAAUUCUGCUUUCAACAUCUAAUGUGCACUACUGACAUUUCUACGA